AUGGAGGAAAAGUCAAGGAGAAGCGCUCUCACCAUCUUGGAUCCUAAGGAAGCUGCUAACGCAGAAUCCUAUGAAGGACCCAUCAGGGUUGCUUUGGAGGAAGUGGCGGCGGAGAAGCAGUUUGAAAGGGCUGAAAAGAAGAAGAAGAGCAAAGAGAAUAGGGCUGAAGAAGAUGAGCAAGCCCAUCAAAGCAAAGCAGAGAAGAAAAUCAAAGAGAAGGAGGAUGAGGAAGAUGAGGAGGCCAAGUUGAAGAAGAUGAAAGAAAGAAGUGAAAGAAAAGAAACCAGGCGGGAGAAAAGGUGCUUGAAGAAGGAGGAAGAGAGGAGAAAGAGGGCUGAAAGCCCAGAGCUGGAUAGAGAAUCCACCUCUGUGAGGGAGGACAAGGGGGAAUCAGCGCAACAUAAAACACCGCAAACGAUUGCGACUGAUGAAGGAGAAGAUGUGGAAAUCACCCUCUUGACACGACGUCGCAAGGAGAAUGCACCGCAAAGGUCAACCAUUGACCCUCUAAUUUUGAUAGAUGCAUUAGAAGAGUAG